ACUAAGCUUUUGCUUGACUUCCUCUCUCAUACAGUCAAAACCACAAAAGGAAGGUACAUAUAGUUAAGAGCUUAACUAGAUGUUAUUUCAUUUGCAAGGUUGUGCAGGGAGUGAAGCAUGAUAAAACAUUUAACCAUUGUUUAAGUUUCUGAAUAGACAGAUAGACAGAGCCUGGAGGGACUACCCAGAAUAAGAAAAUACUAGAGCUGGCACUUUCUCAAUAAGAAUGAAGACCAUUUCUAUCUUCUACUGUCUUCUAUAUGCUGCUGGGAUAGAGGGAGCAGACAUCAAUGUAGAGGGAUUCGAGGGAGAAGAAGUCUCGUUUCAGUGUUCACACAGAUUUGCGUGGAAAUACAACAAAUACUUCUGCAAGGAUCCAUGUAAAGACAGUGAAGAUGUACUGGUUACUGUACAAUCUGGUAAAAGAGUGGAGUCAGGGAGGAUAGCUCUGGUGGAUUCGGGGGAUGGAGUCUUCACUGUGACCAUUAGUCAACUCCAGCUGUCAGACUUGGGGAAAUACUGGUGUGCAGUAGACAGGCCUGGUUUUGAUACAUUCACUGCAGUACAUCUCACUGUAAAGGCAGUAUAUACCACUGUUCCAUAUACAGAUGACACAACAACUGUCAUACCUGAACUUUCUCCUACAUGGACAUAUCAGAAUAUUUCCAGCUCCACGCAAUUUACAUCUGGAAUGGACACCAGUAGGCCCGCAAACUUGUCAACAGCCUCGAACAGCACUAAUGGAGGAGGACAGAACACCAUCACAGGCAUCGUGUUGUAUGCUACAGUGGGGUCUGUUGCCAUGCUCACUAUGUGGGUGCUGACAGCAAUGCUUGUCAGGAACUGCAGAGAAAACUCCAAACCUCAACUACAAGUUUGCUCCGACGGCACCGACCACGUCAGUGCAGAUAAAAGAGGGGCCAACUCUAAUGAAGUGCAGUCGAUUAAAAAGUUCUCUCGUACUCACCAUCCGAAGCAGGAUCCACUAACAGCUCCGUCCACAGCAGCCGAAUGUAGUGUACCCAUGCAUAUCUAUGAAAACAUCCCUUGCUCCAAAGGCACUGCACAAUCAAGAUCCUCAGUUGCAAAUGUCCAAGACGCACAAGACAUCAGCUCUAGGAUCUACAUCAAACCUCUGCCACCUAUAGCUGAAAGAACUGGUGAAGACUAUCUUAGAAAACACACAAAUAAACCUACAGCAACUACAAAUGCCAUAAGCAAUUCUACAGAUUCUGAUUCUGAUUCUGAUUCUGAGAGCUGUACAAGCAGCGUUUCAGCUUGUCACUCCCGAUCUUACAAUGAUUGCACAGAAGUGACGCCCAGAUCACUUUGGUUUGGUUUGGAUUUAUCAAAAACAGCAUGAGUUACUCUCAAUGGUGUGAUUUUUAUGGACAUUAAUGGACAACUGAAGUGUACCUCCUCUGCUUGUCCAGUUAUAACCAACAUUUAUCUUUCACUUUGAGAAAAAAAAUUGUAAAACCUUGCAAAAUUGUUAAAACUAUGGCUUUUCACUGUCACAGACUUAAGAUAAAAUCUAAAGGGCACAGGAAAAACACUUUUUUAUUGUGUCUACCCUAUGUAUGUAGGUCACUGUGUGUGUGUGUGUGUGUGUGUGUGUGUGUGUGUGUGUGUGUGUGUGUGUGUGUGUGUGUGUGUUACGGUUAGGCUAAGCAUUGGGGCAUAUUUACCAUUAGUCUCCAGGGGAUGAUUGUCAAUGUAGUGUCCUCCAGUGACAAAAACAAAUGUGUGUGUGUUUGUAUAUGACUGUUUCUGGCUGAUGCAAAUACAUAUUUGAAUGUGUGUUUGCAGUCAGUGAGAGCGUGUGACUAUAGAGAGGGAGCUUUAACCUUCAAUACGUCAGUGUCAGUAAUAAGAUUUUUCUGUACCUUAAAAUACACAUAUCUGCACUUUUGGGCUGAUGCCUCAGUGUGUAGUAUGUUAAAGCUUCUGAUUGGGGGGACUCCUAAGUGGUCAUAUUAAUAAAGACACUGUGGCAGACAGCACUGAAUACUGAUACAAUCCACCACAUUAUAAUUUCCAGCACAUUAUUGUAAAACUCUAAGACAUAUUAUCUUAUGUAUACUAUGGGGCAACAUCAAAUGGAUGAAUUCAUAAUAAAGUGGAAAGAAAUUA